AUGAAGUUCUCUCUUGCUUUCCUCGCCGCCGCCGCCGGCGUUAGCGCCCACUCCAGCUUCAACGGUACCGUCGUCACCGAGGUCGUCAGCUCCUACGUCACCUACUGCCCUGGCCCUACUCAAAUCACCCACGGCAACAAGACCUACACUGUCACCGAGGCCACCACCCUGACCAUCACCGACUGCCCCUGCACCAUCCACAGACCAGUGGUGACCACCCCCGUUGUCGUCUGCAACACCUGCGGCGUCAACUACCCCAACACCACUGCUCCCAUCGUCAACCCCCCUGCCAGCGCCACUCCCACCAAGGGCACCACCGCUCCCAGCGUCACUCCUGCUGUCCCUACUGCCGCUGCUGGCAAGGUCGUUGCUCUGUCUGGUGCUGGUCUGGCCGGUAUCGUCGGUCUUGCCGCUUUUGUCCUGUAA